AUGUCCCCGACAACGUUCGGUAAUAAAGCUGAGAGACAACGGUCCAAUUCUCCGCCUCCGCAUCAACUAUCCAAAAGAGAUAAACGUCGCUCUAUGUUGCAAGAUAAGCUGGCAGAAAUGACGGUCAAUUUUGCCUCGAACCGCGAUCAUUACUAUCGCGAUCAGCUCAAAGGGUUACAAAUCGAUAUGAAUCUCAUUCAGGAAGCGGACGUCCAUGGCAAAUUUCCCCUCCCAGAUGGCAAUGAAGUUGAGGCAUUAGUUGUAGAUGGUAUCAAGAAAGUGAAAGGGAUUGCUGGCCACCAUCCAUCUGCUGCGGGAAAAGAGUAUGAGUCUUUUGCACGAGAGAUCAACAACGCCAUGGAGGAGCGAGACGUAGCAUUGACUACACACAUGAGAGAUUACGAGGUCAGGGCUAAUGAAAUCGAAUCCGCCCAUGCCUAUCGAAUGCGACUCGCAGACUUAGAAUACCAAGCUUUGAAGACAACUUUGAGGGAUCGUUUGAUCAACAAGGUCAUUAGCAAGAAAGCCCAUUUAUCGAAAGAUAAAGAGUCAAUUGAGAUUGGAGAGAAUAAUGCUUUACUUCUCCAUCCAAGCCAAUUUGGUCUCGCUAACCCCGCUAGUCCUGGUGGGAUGCAUUCCAAAAGAGCUACGAGGCACCGCCGAGAAGCUGAAGAAUUGCCGAAUAUGUUUGACGGCUCUAAACGCAAAAGAAAGGGCAUUGAUGGUGACGAAUCUCCAGCUCCCUCACGUCAACGUAUGGACAACGGUGGUAGCACUCCAUUAUGGAGCUCCGAGCGGAACAUUAGCGCAUCUGCACAAAUUGACGCAUCUGCAUACAGCAUUGAAAAGCUCUUCACCGACAAAGAGCUCGCGAUGAAAUACAAUGAGGCAGCCCAAGCAGCGUAUAGUUACAUGGUUCGACAUGCACCAUACGAGGAUGAAAACAGCCCUCAAAAUGGCAGAUCCGAUUCCAGUCCCGACACGGACAAGAUGAAUGCAACAUCUGGAGAUGUUGAGAAUGAUGAUCCAGAUUCUCCCCCAUCCGCACCUACAAUGGAACGUCAACCUUCACAUCAAACCAGGAGCACACGCGGUGGAGCCCUUGCAAAUUUCAAUACGGGUACAGGAAUUGAUAUAAUUAGCGACUUAGCAUAUCCUGGCAAUAUGGCAGCGAUCACGAAACAAAUCCCUAAACUACCACCACUUCUCGCCUCAAAUAUGCAGAAAGGAUAUGUGAAGGGAGAUGCUGCUAAUCAGCCGCAAGGAUUGGCUCCUGAUGAAGUUAAUGCCGAAUUGGAGAUCAUCAGAAGGGGUCGCACGUACAAUGAUGAGCGGGGUUACGGGAAAAAUCUUGAAUUAGAAAACGGUGGAAGAAGUCUCCUUGAGGCAGUCAGCACACCGAGAAGAGCUCAAACUUAUUACGUUAGAAGCGACAAUAAAGGCUCAAUGCUCAGCAACUUACGAGAAGAACUUGGUGCAGAAUCAAUAUCGAAGCAAAGUUCCAGGGGAGGAAGCGAGGUCGGAGGAACGCCGAUGUCAAGACAAAACACCAAUGAGGGAGCAUCGAGAGCGGGUCGAGCGAGGAAGAAUUUAUUAAGUUGA